AUGCCACCGGCGCUCUUCCAAAUAGUCGACGUCGUCGCACCUUUGCUGUUCCUGUUUGCCUUCAGAAAUCCGAAUCAAACAUGGCCUAAUUUCCUUCUCCGCCGGCCCCAUCCUCCUCUCCAGAUCGUCGUGCAGCCCCACCCCGGCUUCUCCGCGCCGCCCCCCCGCCCCCAUCCUCCUCGCCACGACGAUGACAGCGACAAGCAUGGGCCCCAUCACCGCCUCCGCCUGUGCCUCGCCGCGUGCCUCCGCCCCCCCUCCCCCGACGUCGCCCCCGCCGCCCUCACCCUCCGACCCAGCGCCGCCCACCCUCCGCCGCCGCCGCCUCUGGAAGCUCCCCUCCCCCUGCGCGCCCCACCCGAUGGACGCGCCGCCCUAGCCUCCAUCUGCCCCGCCUCGUUGAGGAGGUACGGCAUGCACUUCUCCCCCUCCAGCUUCAUCCAGGCGCCGCUCUCCGCGCUGCUUGAGUACUCCGGCAUCCUCCCUCCUGACCCCGGCGGCGGGCCACACCAGGCGGGGGCCAGGGCAGGGGGAGGCGAGCUUCCAAUCCAGAUUGUGCGCCAUGGCGAGGCGGGGACGUCGUCCGAAAUGGGGAGGACAGGGUCGUGGAGGAGGAGGGGGACGCGGCGAGGGCGCACCCCGCCGAGCCGGCGCCGGCUGCAGGCGACGUGGAGGGCAGGAGGGAGUCCUCGUCGUCAUAUCAGAGGUACGACAUACAACAGGUGGCGAGGUGGGUGGAGCAGAUACUGCCCUUCUCCCUGCUGCUGCUGGUCGUCUUCAUCAGGCAGCACUUGCAAGGUUAAUCUUGACUUCAGUUCAGAGCAGGAUAUGAUAAGAAAAUUUCGUGCUGGCCUUGCAUUGCAGCCUAUGGUAAUAUUUGCUAAUUCUCCCUUUAAAGAAGGAAAGCCAAAUGGGUUUCUCAGCUUAAGAAGCCAUUUCUGGACAGAUACUGAAAACAACCGCUCAGGGAUGCUUGAGUGCCAGUGCUCAGCAGAUGCCAAUGCUCAUCUUGUUGCAUGCCCUAAGAAAAAGUUGUCAGAAGAUACAUGAGAAAAAGCUUUGGAACUGAGGGACAUUGCUGCAACUUCUGACCAGCAAUCUUUAGCUUUGCAUUCGAAGCGAGAGUAUGAGAAUUGACAGACAAGCAAAAGUAAGUCGGAGGUUUUCUAUCUUGUUUCUUUCAAUUCCUUGUUCUUUAACAAUUUUUUUUCGGAUUAAAUCUUAAACAUUUGACACAAAUUUGAACUCAAGAUACCAAAGUGAAUCAGAUAUGUUGCAGCAAUUCCUCGGGUUCGAAAAAUGGACAAAUAAAUAUCCAUACUGCUUGAUCUACAAUCAUCAGUUCAUCAUUUAGCAAAAAUGGUCCUGUUGUUUCUAAAGUUUUCCUGAAAGGCCUACUUGUCCCCUUAGGACAUCUAAUGCACAGGCACCUUUUAGUGCAAUAUGCACAAAUUGCAUCAAACCACUUCAAUGACUCAUUUGGGUUAGCAUUCUUGUGAAGCUCCUCCUCUCCCCCACUUGAGUGCCAGUGAUUUGAUUGAUGGCUUCAUUUUGGUCAAAGAUAUUUCCUAUAUAAAACGGUCCUUAUUAUAAUCUUUUUUGG